UCUCUCUCUGAAUGCACCGUGAGCAAGAGAGCAAGUAAGUGCACAAGGGUGCCUGCCAAAGCAGCUCUGCACACACACACACACAAAUACACACACACACACACACACACACACACACACACACACACACACACACACACACACACACACACACACACACACACACACAGGUAGCUUGUGAGGAGAAAAGAGUCUCACAACCAAGGUAUGCUGGGAUUUGCACACAUCCAACGAUCAUAAGUUCCUCUUUCUAUUGUUUUGGUUUUGCUAUGUUAUGUCUUCCCUCUUGUACUUACACUUAGUUUCCAGGUGGGUCGUCAGAGGUUUCCCAAGCCGAGUCUACAACAGUGUAAUGGGUUGCCCAGACCGGAGGCUUUUCCUCUGAUCCUGCAAAGAGGUUGGCGUAUUCCUGCAACGAGAACUAGUCCUCACAUUGAGCGACCCUGGGCAUGGAGAAGCUGACAGAGAAAGAGAAGGAGCUGAUCCGAGUCAGCUGGGAGAGUCUUGGCAAGAACAAAGUUCCACACGGAGUCAUCAUGUUCUCCAGACUGUUUGAACUAGAGCCUGCACUCCUCAACCUCUUUCACUACAACACAAACUGUGGCACCAUACAAGACUGCCUCUCCAGCCCUGAGUUCCUGGACCAUGUCACAAAGGUAAUGUUGGUGAUCGAUGCAGCAGUCAGUCACCUGGACAACCUCCAUACCUUGGAGGAUUUUCUGCUCAACCUGGGGAAGAAGCACCAGGCAGUCGGGGUUAACACCCAGUCCUUCGCUGUGGUGGGGGAGUCCCUUCUUUACAUGUUGCAGUGCAGUCUGGGUCAGGGGUACACAGCCCCGCUGCGUCAGGCCUGGCUCAACAUGUACACCAUUGUAGUGGCGGCCAUGAGCAGAGGAUGGGCCAAGAACGGAGAACACAAGACUGACUGAGACAUACGCUUGGGGUCUGCUACCAGUUGCUGUCUAAUCACCCUCAUGGUUGCUAUGGAGUAAGGUUGUAUAACUCACAGCAUAAAGGUUUGAUUGCUGUAUAUGGUGAACGAAUGGCGUUAUCACACUUGACACAACAAAUAAUGGUCGAAUCACCUGGUGUUCAGAGUUAACUGUUUUUGCUGUGGAUGUUGUAGCUGCCAGAGUGCUGCUAUAACAUUGUGGGGAUGUUAUGGGUCAACCAGACCUUUGGGCUGCAGUUUGAGUUCCUCAUAUUAGAGGAAGCAUAGGGUUAAAUUAAGGUAAUAACUGAAAUUGCUCUGUAAAUAAUGCCUUGAUCCCCCUUGGCUUUUUCCUUGCUUCUUAGUACCUGGAAUAAAAAAAUACUUU